GAGGGUCAGGCAUUGGCCAUAACAGAUCACUGCAGUGCUCUCAGAGGAUUUGAUGUGAUUGGAUGCAUGGGGAAGAGUAAAACAGGCAAGAGCAGGGAUUAUUAAAGGCUUAGGGCUUACAGUGCUCUGGGUUCAGUCAUUUACUUCUGUGCUACCAUUGCUGAUGCACUGAAAAGGAAGAUGGACGUCUCUCACGCUGCUGCAAAGCUAAAGAGCAAUACCUCACUGGACAGUAUGCUUCAGUCAUUGAGAGUAUUUUUGGACUUUUCGCAUCGGUACGAUUGGAAUCUGAACAUCUAAGGUGCAAUGAAGGAUCCAUGUCGUAUAUGUGGUGUUCGUCUAGUGGGAAGCCAGUGUCGCUGGAUCUUCAGCUCAUCAGCAAAGAGGAAGCUGCAGGUCAUCUUGUCACAUGUGCUGGGCUGUGAAGUGACACGUGAUGGCCACGGUGAGUUCCUCUGUGGAAAAUGUGUCUUCCAGUUAGAGAAGGUCGUACAGUGUGAUGUUUGCAUCAGUCGUCUGCAGAAUGAAUACAGUGCUCAGAUCCAGAAACUACAAGUGGAGAAAGAACACCUCAUCCAGUGCAUUGUUUGCACUUACAACAAAAACAACCCAGUCCAGCAACAGAGUGAUGGGAAGGGUACCGGUUUCAAGAUUAAACCCUGGACCUCUGGGAUUGGCAGCCCUGACAAUGAGGCUACAAGUCAUCUGGAGUCAGAAGAAAAAUUGAGGGACAGCAGCAAUCAUCCAGGGGACAAUUGUAUAAGAAGAUGUGUGAGUCUGGAUCGAAUUGGUAGUAAAGGGACUCUCAUAUGGCGCUCAGGCCUCAGGACCACCAGGCUGGGAUCAGGGGCUGGGUUUGAAAGCUGCCUGAAGAGCUUUGGUCUCCGAGACACACGCCACAGCACACAGAGCAUUUAUUUGAACUUGGUCCAGAGUAGGGGCACGCUGCCUAGACCUGGAUUCAAAGGUCGCUCCACGUCCCUGCAGUCACUCAGUCAAGACUUUGCACCAGAAACACCUGCAGACGCUCAUCCCAAACUGAAAUGCAAAGAGUCCAAAGUGUUGAUUGCCAAACGUGGUGCCACUAAUGAGCAAAGAAAACUAGUUCAGGGAAGAGCACUGAGCGUCAAGUCAUCAAGACAGGUGUCUGUGAUUUCUGACUUAAUCCAGCUGCUGCACUGCAUUUCCAAGCAGCAAGUUCCUGCCCAUGCAGGGAGCCGCAUCCCUGUGCCAAAGAGGUUAACUCCCCACAGUUCCAACUCCAAAAUCAACCACAGACACGCAGAUGCAGAAUGGAAAUCUCUGCAUGACCUUACUGAGGAAUUUGAAGAUGAAUACAUCCCUGUCAGAUUGGAGAGUGAGGUUACUCGACUGGAGUUUAGCAAUAGGCAGCUGUCUGAAGAGCUUAUCCUCAUAAAAACCAGCAAUGACAACCUGGCAAAAACACUGGAGGAAGCACAGAAUCAGAAUAAGGCUCUGUGUGGAAAGUUGGAGGAGAAAGAAAAUGAACUAAGCACUGAGAAGAAAAAUAUUCUUAAGAGAGAUAAAACAAUCCAGGGUCUUGCACAGGUCGUAAAAGAAAAGGAAAAAGAGAAUGAAAAGCUGUGUCAAGAGAUUGAGGACAGGGAUGCUGCUUUAGCAAAGGCAAGAGACUCGGCACAUAAAGCCCAACUACAGAAAUACCAGGGAGCAGAGGAGCACCAAAAUCUCUUAAUGGCAAAAGAAACGGAGCUAGUCCAACUACAAGGGGAACACCACGCAAAGGUGCUUGAAGCCCAAAAGCUACAGCAUGGCCUGGAUAGGAAAGAGCAGGACCUGGCUGAGUUGCAGCAAGUAAAGGAGCAGCUGGAACUGGAACUGGAAGACCUGCAACAGCAGAAAAAAAGAGGAGAUAAGGCUCUAAAUGAUCUGAACAAUCAACUGAAGAAGUUGACUAGUGAGCUUGGGGACAGAGAAAGUGCUCUGGAGCAGCAGUAUCACGAGCUGCUGGAACAAACCAAAAGAAAACUGCAGUUCCAUGAGGUCACCAAUCAACGGCUUGCCUCCAUUCUGGCUGAUAAAGAGCAGCAACUUCAGGAGUACAUGAAUAUGGUUAGAGACCUUGAGCAAAACAAAAGCCCAGGGGGAAGUGACGGCAUGCUUCACAAGCUGUGGGAAAGGCUGAAAGAAAAAGAGAAGGCUUUGGAGCAAGCGUUGGAUGAGAAGUUUACAGCCAUUGAUGAAAAAUGCAAUGAAAUACACCAACUGCAGCUGUCUCUAAGGGAGAAGGAGCGAGACCUGGACAGGCUCAAUAACGUGCUCUCUCAUAACGAGGAAACCAUUAAUAGUUUUGACCAUCUGAUCAAAGAAAAAGAUGUGGAGCUGCAGCAUCUUGCUAACACUCUGAAAAACCUGCAGAGGUCUAAGCAAGAAGUAGAGGACAACCUGAACAGAUCACUGAGGGAGAAGGACUCUAUCAUCACUCAGCUAAAGCUCUCCCUGGAAGGCAAGACAAAGGAUAUGGAGGAGAUGACUGAAACUCUCCUGAGCCAGUCACAGACGCAUGCACGUGAUCUCACUGUGCAGAUGGGCCAGAGGUUAAAGGUCACAGAGGUUAUGUUGGCUGAGGCAGUGAAAGCCAAAGAAAAGCUGGUUGCGGACAAUGGGAGUGCUGUGGAAGCGAUGCUGGCUACCAUUAGCAGCAAAGACCAACUCAUCAAGGAGUCUGCAGACCAUCACAACCGCAUGCUGUCCGAGUGUAAUCGAGAGGUCCAGGAUCUAAAGAAACAGCUGAGUGAUGCGCAGCAGCACCUCACCACUGCUGAGAAGCAAAACUCCACAGCAAUCCAAGAGAUGCAUGUCGAAACGGCAGCUCUCAGAGCUCUACUGGAUGAAAAAGACAGCAUCAUCAAUAAACUUCUGCAGCGUGGUCAGGAGAGAGACCAGUUUUUGGCUGAGAUGAGGCAGAAGGAGUCAGAUUACACGUUGGAGCUCAAACAGACUAUCCAAAUCAUGCAGGACAAGUUGGCUGAGAAAGAAGUGGACCUGUCCAGGAGGAACAGUGAAGACAAUGGGGAGAAUCUUCCACAUUCUAAGAAAACAUUUGUUGUCCUGAAGAAGGAGCUAGCACAGAAAACCGAGGCCCUGAAUGAAGCUCUGAAGAGAGAGAAUGAACUGAAGAUUGCAUUGGCAGAGCUGCAGUCAUUGUUCAAUGAGGUAGAGAGUUGCAAUGAAGGCCAGGCUGCUAACAUAGAGUCCCUGACUGCCACUUUGAAGACCAAAGAUGAAAUGAUCAGUGUUCUCCACCAGCGCCUUGUUGAAAGAGGGGACAGUCAAACUGAUCAUAGCAGUGAUCAGGGUUUUGGCAGUGGCAUGGAGAGAUCACUCCCUAGCCUUCCCCAGAGGGAGACAACCAUGAUUGGUGGAGACAGCCAGCAAGAAGGUUUGCCUAGCAUUCUAAACUUGCAACAGGAACAUGUUUCCCUGAACAAAGCACUUAGAGCAGAACAGCAGCUCUAUUCCAGUUUGGUCAGGACUGUGAAGGAGCAAGACAGUGCCCAGCGUCUCCAUGCUCUCCAGCUGGAGCUGACAGCAGUGCAACUCCUCAGGCAGCAGCUUGAGCAGAGCAUCAAAACAAAUGAGGAGCUAAGGGAGGACUUGGAGAGAGAGCUCCACAGAGCCAAACAGAGAGCAGAUACAGACACAGUUGAUCCUAAAGAACUGGAGAGCAUGCGACAUCAGCUUGAAGAUGCACAGCGCUGGAAUGCAUCUCUGCAGGCUCGCUUGGGUGCCAUCCAGAACCGUGGCAGAGGUGUAGGUGGAGCCAAUGACAGCUGUGAUACCUUGAACUUCACUGCCGAUCAGACUUCGUAUAUGAGUAUCUUUGUGGGAGAGGGGCAGGAUGACAGCUUGUCUCUACUGUCUGUGCAGGAGCUUAGGCAGAAGGUGCUGGAGCUGCAAGAGUGUGUCAGCAGGCUGCAGAGUUUGAACAACGAGCUGCAGAAUAAGUUGGAGCAUCUAAGCUAUGAUGCUUCCUGCAAAGAAGACCAAAACUUGAUUAACACUAGUCCUGGGAAGCAGCAGCUAGAGAAGGAGUGGACACAAAACAACGUUACACAGCAGCCCUGUUUAGACAAAGAGAGCCAGACAGACUUCAGACUUGGACAGAUGGUGACUGGAAUGCCGUCACAUGAUCAGAGCGUAGACCGUGGUCAUGGCCUGACUAGAGAGCACGCUCAUCCUGGCACUGACACCUUGGACAAUGUUGAAAGAGAUACCGUAGAGCCCAAAGGGGAUGUAGUGGCAAUUGAUGUGUUGCUAAAAGAUUGUGGGGCCACAUCGGUUUCACAUCUCAUAGAGGAGGUGCUCAGACUGAGAUCAGAGAAUGUGGAGCUCCGUGGUUUCCUCAAAGAACACAGAUCUACCGAGCCUAAAGAAAAAGAGAGUGCAGACACCUCAGGCGACAGCAGUGAUGGACAGACUGCACGGUGUGCAGAGGCCAAAGGUUAUUCAGAAGUCAUCAUGUUGCUAAAGGAAAAGAGGGAAAAGAACUCUCACGAUGUGUUUGGAGAGAGUAAACCCGUCAUCAUGGAGAUGGAGAAACGGCAAACUACAGGCCAGCUACACAGCACCAGUGCAAAGUGGGAUGUUGGAAAACAUAGGCCUGGUGUCAGAUCUCGGCUCCCAAUCCCUGUGAGAGUCAGAACGGAAGUUGUCGGUAACAAGCAGUUUGAUAAUGUUCAACGCCGUCAUUUGGAUGAUGACUGUGGAUCUGAUCAGCAUUCGCCAACAGACUCUGAUGCCCCCUUAACACACCAGCAUGCAUCUUCUACCUUUAGUCCAGAAGGGUUAAACAAGAGGCCUGAAACAAGACAGACACUGGAUCAUAACCGGCCAGACUCUGCACUUGUUAAUCAGUUGGAGCUUCUCGAUCAGGAGUGUCGGGAAAAGGAGGCACUGAUCAAUGAGCUCACGAAGCAGCUUGCAGACUUGGAGGAGCUCCAUGUUGACUGUCAGAAAAAAGACGGACUUAAUCGUCAGUAUGAAGAGGCCUUACAGGCUGCAGAAUCAACUAUUGCCUACCUGACUGCCUGCAAUCUAGACAACCAGCGUGGAUUUGGGUCGUCCUCCACUUCGUGUACUGGAUCUGGAUCUGUGUGUUCAGAUGCUGCUCUCCACAGCAGAUGUAUGGAGCUCCAGAAAACAUUACAAGAGAAGGAAGAGCUCAACAAGCAGCUUAUAGAGCUUCUGAACAUGGCAGAAAAAGCCAUGUCCUCCGUCAGUGCACCUUUCACACCCUCUGAUCACUCAGAAAAAAUGUCAGAAAUCAAUGAUUUGUGUCUUAGAAUAGAGAACGCCUUACAGCUGGCAGCUAUAACUCCAAUUAGACAGAGUCCACGAGAAAACUUUGAAGGCUCUGAUGGCUCUGUGUGUGAGCUGCAGCGCCAUGUGGAUUCUCUGCAGGAGGCACUUAGGGAACAGAACAAUAUCAAUGCAGAGCUUCAGGAGAAGUUGAUGGCUGCAGAGGCUGCUGCCCAGCAUGGCUAUAGCAGUACUACUGCUGGCCUGGAUGACAACUAUCCAACACAGAUGGCUGCUGAAGAAUUCCUCAAGAAAGAAGAGUCAAACGAAGAUUGUGGGACAAUGGGAAUGUCUGAACAUACCCGCUUAAACCAGGAGAUGAACAGGCUUCUAAUGAAUUGUCUUAUCGCAGCAGAUGCCGCCAUUGCCUCUCUGACAGCACAUUGUACCAGUACUAGUUCAACUGAGGUCAGCCCUGACCUGAAAAAGUAUUUAGACAGACUUGAGAGAGCCCUGCAAGAAAAGACUAAACUGACAGGCAUGGUAGAGCCCACCCAACCAGUCAGUGAAUCUAUUAGCAAUGAAUCCACAGCUGUGAGUGGAACUGGCCAUCAAGAUCUCCACCACAAUCUCCGUCUCCUCUGCAAGGUCUUCAGCGAUUGUUCCCUGAGGAUCUCUGAACUUCAGGCCUUGCUGCAAGACGAGAGGAGCCGCAAAGAGGAAAGAAACACUCAUAGGACACUACAGGAAUCCAAAGGACUAUCGCCUAAUGUUCAGGCCCAACUGGAGACUCUCCAUAAAACACUGAGGGAGAAGAAGAAAGCCUAUAAAAGCCUGGAGGAGAAACUGGCCAAUACCCAGUCCAUCAUUGCAUCUUCCAAAGAAACUGCACAGAAAAUGCCACCCCUAGAGCUCGAUGACAAAGGCGUGCAGGUGGAUUUUCAGGACCUGGGUUACGAAACCAAUGGCAAGAGUGAGAACGAUAGGGAAGAAUGCAGUAGCACAGAUAUAGAGGUUGGAGUGAAUCCCAGCUGCAGUGCAUCUAGUCUUUCUGCCUUCUUGAAACAUGAGCAGGCCACCUUUUCCUCUAUUGAAAACUUGGACUCAACAUCUAGCACCCCUUACCUGAGUUCUCCUGCUCUCAGUUCAGCUAAGGCGAGUCUAAAAAGUUUGCAAGUCUAUGAGGACUAUGGUGCUUCUGGUGACCCACUACUGCUUCAGGCACAAGUCAGAGAGCUGAAGGUCCAGUUGGAAAGCCAGACCAAAGUCAUCCUCCAAAUGCAAAAUUUCCUGCACCAGAACUCCCUCUCUGGUGACCUUGUUGCCAGCACCCCUGAUCCUUCAGCAGUCAAGGAUCAAGAGGAGACCCAGGAGGACCACACUCAAGAUAAGGGCUCCAGAACUGGGCAGCUUAAAGUGAGUGGAGAGGGGGAGAACCAGCUCAUGAAGGAUAAAACCGUCCGGCUGAGUUUGGACCUUGAAAGAGAGAAGACAUUGAACAGAAGUAUAAAUGAAAAGCUGCAGCAGACCCAACAGCGCAGCCGUUCCACCUCACCCGCCAGACUGGACUCUUUGGUACAGUCUCAGGCCAGGGAGCUGUCACAACUGAGGCAGCAGAUCAAGGAGAGCCACACACUGGGAACCCUGCAGCGUCAGCAGCUUGACAAGCUGAACAACACCUUCAAGGAGCUGCUGCAGGCCACUAAAGUAGACGGCUACAAGGCAGAAGUCGUCCAAGAGCAGCUCGAGAAAUGCUUGAGCAUUCUGGGCCAGCUGAAGUGCCACUUGGACAAAGGUCACACUCAUCUGGAUAACGAAGAUGUAGAAGGUCUAGAACUGCUGCACAGCCUGUCUAAAGAGCUGCAGGAAAAGAACCACCUCAUCCAGAGCCUGCAAAACCAGUACAGAAGCAAAAGUCCCAGCAGCCAUCACAGCUCCCACUCUGAUCUGUCCCACUCGGAUGAAGCCACGUCCUCCUGCCGGAGCAGCUCAGACACACUAAGUGGCCAGCAGUGCCCCACUGAUUGGACUGGAGUGGCUGUAAGUUCUGUAAGAGGAGCUGAGGGCAGCAAUGUGUCUGGUCACAGGGAGGCUGCCAGGAGACUACAGGGCCUGCUGCGGGAGAACGGGCGACUCCAGGAGCAGCUGAGGAGCAGUGAAGACCUCAACGCCACACUGCGCAGUGAGCUCGAUCUGCACCGCUCGAUUAUGGCGCAAACGGGCUCACAACAUCACGAUCAGAAACACACCCUAGGCCAGGAUGGAACAGAGUCUCAGAAGGACAUUAACAAAGGAGUCGGAGAUUCACCAACAAAUACAAGUGGAUCAUGUCACACGAUGACUCCAGACCUGCUGGCAGAGCAUUUACAGGAGAUCCGAGCUCUGCGGCAGCGUCUCGAGGAGAGCAUCCGCACCAAUGACAGUCUCAGGGAGCAGUUGGAGAGAAGGCUAGCCGAGGUGGACAAAGACCCAGCAGCAACUAACAUCUUCAUUCAUGGUAAUGAAGAUCAGGGUCAUCUGGCCAAGGAGGUGAAAUUCCUCCGGAAACAGAACCAAUCCCUGAAGGAGCAGCUCAGUGUGAGCUCCAGAGACAAGCAGAAAGAGAAUGAGAGGCUCCGGGAGACUCUGGCCAGGCGGACAGCCAAACUGGAGCAGAGCAGGAUGGAAUGUGAAGCUCUGAGGCAGGAAAAGCACCUCCUGCAGGAGCGCCUGGAGCACAGCGGCCAUGAAAACGCACAACUGCAGAAUUCACUGCGCUACAGCAGGGACGAGCUACAGAGGUUGCAGUCUGAGGUGACACGUCAGAGGCAGGACCUGUCUGACUCACAGCAUCUCCUUCAGUCACUGCGAGUCGAGCUGCAAGUCUACGAAAAGAUAAAGACUGAAGUUCACAAACACAACGCAGAAUCCAGCAAAGCCACCCAGGAACCUGUCCCUGUUCCACCAUCGGGCUCCGUGGACCUGAGUGAGCUGCUGUCAGAGAUCCGACAUCUGAGGCUGCAGAUGGAGAGGAGCAUCCAGACCAACACUGCAUUACGACAGAGACUGGAGGAGCAGCUCCUCACGGGACACAACCGGCCGGAAACCAUCAACAUCAACUACAUGCUGUCAUCACCAGAUGAGGGCGGCAGAUCACCACGUCAUGAAGGUUAUGACGCUCUCCAUCACUCCUUCAUUGACGAUGACAAGCAUCGCGCUGCUUCAGAGGUGGGUGGACAGUCCAUCAGCAGCAGUUCCCCAGACAGCGUCCCCGGCGUGCUGUCCCGCCUGGUGCCAGGCCACAGGCUGUGGGCCAGUCGCAGUGGCCGCCAUAUUUUAGGAUUGAUUGAAGACUACGAAGCCCUCCACAAGCAGAUUUCAGAGGGCCGUAAGCUUUCACGCACUAUGGACACACAACUGCAGGAGUGUCUGCGGGCGAUCACACAACAGUGCGGUGACAACAAGGUUAUAGAACAGCAACAUUGGAAGAGUUUGUCCAGUAACAUUAACACCAUGCAGCAAGUGCUGGAGGAGGCUGGUCGACUGCUCAAACUGGUGUGGAGAGUCUCUGUGCCAGCUGGAAUCCCAGCAGGAGAGAGCGGCGACAACCAGCAGUACGAGCUGCUGAAAAAUGAGAUAACCAGGCUGAAAAGCAGACUGUGGCAGCAGGAGAGGAUGCUGAGUGGUGCUGUAAAACGGCUCCGUACCACCAACCAGGUCAAAGCGGGCAUGGAGAGAGUUAUCAUCGAUCAACUGUCUCUAACUCAUGGAGUGCUGAAGAGAGCGCGAGGAAAUUUAGAGGCAAAUUAUUGCACCCUCAUUGGCCUGAAAGACUCGUCUGGAGGACCAGACGAAGGAGGUCCCAGUGAAUGGCCAGUAGGGGGCGGUGAAGACCAGGCAGAUUCUCCAGUUUGCAGACACACUGAUGCUUCAGAUGAGAACAGUGACGUGGCUUUCCCCUGAAGCUGCUGGUGCAAAACCCCUGCUUUUUUUUUUUUUUUUUAAUGUAGCAAAUUAAUGCAGCUGCUGUUCGUCCUGUUGGAAAAAAUGAUACCUUAUUGUUCAGACCUAAAAAAAAAAAUUAAAAAAAACUACUAUUGUUGUACAAAGCUGCCUGUAAUUUUAUGUUUGGUACUAAAGUUGUAUAAUUAUGUUCUUUGAAAAUCCUUUUGUAAAUAGUACUUAAAUGUUUUUACAUGUUGCAUACAAAAAA